AUGUCGCUCUCCAAGCCGCUCGCCGCGCGCCGCCUCGUGCUGGCGCUCUUCCCGCUCGCCCACGCCGACGCCGCCUCGGCCGCGGCCUCCCGCCGCGCCCGCCGCCGGGGCGCCUUCGCCGCGACGCCCCCGGCCCCGCCGUCCUCCCCGAGCUCCGUGCGCCUCGCGGAGCCGCUCCCCUCGCUCGCCCCCUCCCGCCUCGCGCUCCACAACCGCGUCCUCGCCCUCCUCUCCCCCACCGCCGCCGACCUCGACGAGGCCGCGCUGCUCACCCGCCACGCGCUCCACUCCAACUGCCGCCCCUCCUCCUUCACCUGCGUCGCCGUCCUCGCCGCGCUCCUCCGCGCGCGCCGCCUCGACGACUUCUUCGCGCUCCACCGCUUCGCCCUCCAGGCCGCCGUCCCGCCCACCGCCGCCACCCACGCGCUCUACCUCUCCGCCCUCGCCGCGCGCCGCCUCCCCGACGCCGCGCUCCUCCACCUCCGCCUCAUCGCCCGCCCCGAAUCCCCCGUGCCACCCUCCCCGACCGCCUACCGGGUCGUCGUCAGGUGCCUCGUGGCGGACCACGGCCGCCUCGCGGACGCCGUCGCGCUCAAGGACGAGAUGCUCGACUCCGGGUUCGUCGGGCCCGAUCCCCAUGUCUACAGCCUCCUCAUGGCUGGGUUUGUGGAGGCCGGGGAUGGGGCCAAAGCAGUGGAGCUGCACCAAGAACUGCAGGACAAGCUUGGCGGCGAGCCGGUCCUUGAUGGCAUCGUGUACGGGAGCCUCAUGAAGGCCUACUUCCUUAUGGGAAUGGAGGAGAAGGCCAUGGAGUGCUGCAAAGAGCUGCUCGCUCCGGAAUCGGAGGUGAGGUUCGGGACGGAGAGCUAUACUCAGGUGCUCGAUGCGCUUGGGAAGAAUGAAAGGUUAGAGGAUGCACUCAACCUGUUCGACAGAAUGCUUGGGGAGCAUGACCCUCCAUUGAGGAUUACAGUUGAUGUCAGAAGCUUCAGCGUGAUGGUGGAUGCCUACUGUGCUGCCGGAAGGUUUGAGGAUGCGAUUGCGGUGUUCCGGAGGAUGGGAGAGUAUAAGGUGGCACCGGAUGUAGCAGCAUACAACAAUCUGAUUCGGCAUCUCGGGCUUAAUCGGCUGGCAGAUGAGGCAGAGGUGCUCCACAAGGAGAUGGGCGAGCAUGGUCUUGUUGCAGAUGAGGAGACAUGUGUGCUGCUCAUGGAGGCGUGCUUUAAGGCUGAUCGCAUCGACGAUGGUAUCAGCUACUUCAACAGAAUGGCUGAGCUGGAGUUGAAGCCUGAUGCAUCGCAUUAUCAUAGGAUCGUCGACGGCUUGGUUGGUUUAAGCUUGCUCGACAAGGCUCAUGAGUACUUCGAUCAGAUGAGGGAGAAGGAAAUUCACCCAAGCACUGCAACCUACGAGACACUGCUAAAGGCGUAUGUUGGCGUUGGCGCGACGCGGUUGGAUGAUGCAGUCAAAGUAGCGAAGUGUAUCCUUUUGGAUGAGAAUGUGGUUUUCAGCGAUGAGAUGAGGGAGCUUCUUGAAGGCGCGCUCCGUGGAGAGGGCAGGGAAGAUGACAUAGCAAAGCUGUAUGAAGACGUGGAGAGGGAGAAGGCCGAAGCAGUUCUGUGGGCGGAAGAAGAGAAGGCGAGGGCAGAGGCACUUGCCAGGGAAGAGAGGGCGGCGAGGAGGGCAGAGGCCGCUGCCAAGGAUGAGGCUGCAGCAAAAGCUAGUGCUGCUGCCAUUGAGGCUAUCAUUGGCCAUAGAAGGAAAACUGAAGGUGAGACAGCAGAACCUGCAUCUACUCCAAACGCUCUCGACGGCGGGCUUCUCAGCAGGCUUGGCCUUAGUUCACCUGGAGAAGGUGCGCCUCAAGACACUCCAAUAAUUAGUACCGAAACAAAAGGAGAUGGGCAGGAGCAAUUUUGA